AACAAAGGAACCCAAAAGAAAAAAAUUCAAGCCCUUUUGGACUACUACUGUUAAAACACACACUAGCUUCUGCACUUCACUUGAAGCUUCUAUAACUUCAAAUUUCCUUUUUUUCUGGCAUUUCAGUUGGAGAAAAAGCUCUAUGUAGCUUCUUAUAUGUAAUAACGACCCCCACCUCAGAGAAAGACACGUACGGCAGCAAACUGGAGUUGAUCAACGACCGAUGUGGCUGCUGCUUAUAUACCAUCAUCAUUAAUUUUUACUACCAAAGAAAGAAGAGAAAGAACAGAAGAUCAGUUGAAGCUCAGAUUGUUGUUGAGAUCGCCUGAUGAAUUCAAGAAUUUGAAGGUACAGUAAUUAUAAUUUGAUGCUUAUAUCUUUCGGGGUUUUUUUUUUUUUAAAAAAAAAUUGUUUGGGAUUUUUGUAAUCUUGAAGUUAAUCAGUGCUAGAAAUAACUAUUUAAGCUAGCUAACUAGUAGUCUCUUCAUAGUUAAAUCUUAUUUGAUGCUGGUUCUUUUCUUUUCUUUUUUUUUUUUUUGGCGGGGCCGGGUAUACGACUGUGAUGGGGAAUAAAGGUGUCUUAUAUCUUCUUUUUUUUUUGUGAUACUUCUUUUUGAAAAACGCUGGAAAAUUGAUUCCAAGUCCUAGGAUUAGUUUUUACUUUCUUUUUUUGGUUGUUUUCCCAGGAUUAAGUACUUAUGCUACAUAAUUAGUACGAGGCCGAUGAUAAAUCUUUUUUAAGCCCAAAAGUUUCCUUGGCAAACGAGCAAGUGAAAUUACUUUGGUUAAAGCACAUCAGACAUAGAAAGAGAGAAAGAGAGAGAGAGGAUUAUUGCAAAACCUGAAAGUUAAUAUAUAUUGAUGGUUAUGUCAGAUUCAGAUAUGUUAUCUCAGGGAGAAGUUGAUUCUCCAAUGGCUUCAGAUCACCAAGCAAGGAAUAAUCAUGGUUUCUCAUCUCUAGGCAGACAGUCGUCAAUUUAUUCACUCACGCUGGACGAGUUCCAGAACACCUUAUGUGAGAGUGGCAAGAACUUUGGAUCCAUGAACAUGGACGAGUUCUUGAACAGUAUCUGGACAGCCGAAGAAAACCAAGCGCAAGGCACCAAUGCUGGCAUUUUAUCAGCCAACAACAAUCAUCAGCCACAUGCUGUCCAGUUAGCCCUGCACGAAGCCAACCAGAAUUCAGAUCAAAAGUGCACGAUUGCCAGACAAUCUAGCCUGGCAAGGCAAGGAUCACUUACACUUCCAGGAACUCUGUCUAGGAAAACAGUGGAGGAAGUAUGGGCAGAAAUUCACAACAAUACACAAGAAAAGCAGCCCAAGAACACUGAUGAUAAUAACAAUGCCGGGAAUGCACGGAACCCGGCUGGGUCAUCUUCUCAGCAGCAGAGGCAAAUGACUUUUGGAGAAAUGACGCUGGAAGAUUUCUUGGUUAAAGCAGGGGUUGUUCGAGAACAGUGUCAACAGGCAGGUACAACAUUGCCACAGCAGCAACCGCAGCAGCAGCCACCGGCAGUGGCUCCAGCUCCGGCACCGUAUGGUAGCUUCUAUCCGAACAGCAACAACCCUGUAAUUGGGAGCGGAGGUUACAUGGCAAGGCCUGUUAUGAGCUUAGGUGGUGGAACUGUACCCGGAUAUCAGGCACUGCCACAACCCGGUGAGGCACCUGCAGCAGUUUAUCCCAUCAGCAUGAAGAGAAGUGGAGGAGGAUAUCCAGCUCAUGCCCAGCCCCCGCCACCACCAGCGGCAGCAUGUUUUGGUGGUAGAGUUGGAAACGGGGGAAGCGGUGGGGGAUAUGGGCAAGUCCAGGGGUUGGGAUUGGGUUCGCCGGUCAGCCCAGUCUCAUCCGAUGGGCUGUGUGCUAAUCAAAUGGAUGGAGUGAAUCAAUAUGGGUUGGAUAUGGGCGGAAUGCGAGGAAGUGGAGGACGGAAAAGGAUUAUAGACGGCCCAAUUGAGAAGGUGGUUGAGAGGAGGCAGAGGAGGAUGAUCAAGAAUAGGGAGUCGGCAGCGAGAUCAAGAGCAAGGAAGCAAGCUUAUACAGUAGAGCUGGAAGCUGAACUGAAUCAGCUGAAAGAAGAAAAUGCUCACUUGAAACAGGCUUUGGCUGAAGCCGAGAGGAGAAAAAGACAACAGUGUGAUGAGACCAAGUUAAAAGCUCCAUCAAGAACACAGAGAGGGAAUGAUAAAUUUAGGGUGAUUAGGAGGACUUCUAGCUGCCCCUAUUGAUGAGUUGAAUGGAAUGGGAAACAGGUGGAGGAGGAAAACUGUAAAUGAGAUGCUGGUUGCUGCUGCGGCCCGAAAAGAUUUGAAGCGGAAAGUACCACUUGCGAGGAAGGCCUUAACCCGGGCAGCGUGUGCGGCUUCUGCUAAUCUCGAAUUUUAGUAUUUUGCCGUAGUUUGAGGCAUUAUUGAUGUAGCAUGUUGAGAUGGGGUGGUUAUAUCAUCUGAUUACGGUGGGUUUGUGCUUUUCAAUUUUGUAGUGGCAUAAAUUUAUUGUAUUGUAUUGUAUUGCUGAGGUUGUGUUGAAAUUCUGGUAACUCAAAAUCCCGUUAAAUGGCACCUGUAGUUGUACAGCUACGUUGUAAUACGAGUAGCCAUAAUUCUAGUUUAAGCACUGAAUAAUUGAAAACUCUACACAACUUGUAGCCGCAAUACUAGUUCAAAUGAAAGAUCAGCUUAAUGAAAUAAAAUUGUUCUCAUUAAGUAGUACCUGUG